AGGUAUCUCAGAUAGGGGGGAGUGAGGCCUAAGAUUAAUGCCCAUGAUUUUGGAAUGAUAUGUUCGAUGAGGAUACUUUUGGUCAUGUAGUGUAUGAGUGUAGAGCGACCAUAAUAGCCUACUAAUGAAGUCAAUAAAGUUGUAAUCACAUUUGUGCUAUUUAAUGUGAAGUAUCCUGGAUAAUGUCCGAAACAGGGACGAAGUUCAACAAAAGUGACGCUGAAAAACUAUUGACUGUUGAGGGGAGGACGCUUGAGAAAGGGAAAGAGAAGGGGCAGUAGAGGACCAACAUAUAUUGGAGGGUGAAACAGUAGCAGAGCCGAGGAGGACAUGAAAUCGAAGAAGCACUUCCUUAUCAGUUGAUCUUGUGGAGAAGGGGGUAAAUUCGUGCUGUGGUAGUGGGAGUGUCGCGCCUUCUAAUACGUUUUAAAUUAGGUAGUGUGGAUAACGCGGUCUCCGCUGUCUGUGUGUGCGCACGCGAGUGCCCUUGUGUGUGUGUGUGUGUGUGUGUGUGGAGGGGGGGGGGGGGGGGGGGGGGUAGUAGUUCGUAAUGACUUUUCAGCCUUGAUACAAUUAUGCUGUACAACUAAAAACGGACUGAUCCCUUGGCGCAUGAGAAGCUCGAGGGAAUGUGAAAGGGAAGGACAACAAUGCCAUGGACAGUGACAUGGGAAGAUCCCGUUGAGGGUGCACUUGUUUGAUCAAUUUCAUCAUAACGUAUUUAUCCAAUUUAUGAUGGGGGGGUUUGGAUUUUCCUGUUUGCUGUUCGGUGUGUUACUUCGGACAAGCAACACACAAAACGUUGUGCCUGACGCAGCUCUGAACUGUUGUGAAGGGGACAUCCUGCUCCUGUUGGAUUCUUCAGGAAGUGUGUCAUCCUAUGAGUUCUCUCGCCUGCUGCGCUUCCUGUCUGAGCUGCUCCUCCCCUUCUCACUUGGGCAGGGCCAGGUAAGGGUGGGGUUGCUGCAGGUGGGCACUGAGCCACACCUGGAGUUUGGUCUGGACGCCCACAGCACCCAGCCUGGCCUACAGGGGGCACUGCAGAGGACCAGGCAGCUCCAGGGGGACACCAACACUGAGGCUGCCCUCAUACUGGCACAGGGGCUGCUAGCCAGGACUGGAGUUGGGGAUGAAACAAAGCUCCCUAAGGUGCUUGUGUGGCUAACGGAUGGGGUAGAGCCGGGCGUGGUGGAUGUACCAAUGGCAGAGCUGAGAACGGCGGGCGUGUCCGUGCUGGCUGUCUCUACAGGACACGGGAACUACCAGGUGCUGCGGAGGGUGGUGACCGCACCCAUCGAGUCCCACCUGUACUUUGUGGACAUCGAUGACAUCAGCAUCAUCACAGAGGACCUGAGGGAGGCCAUCAUUGAGCUGAUCAGUGCUGAGGGCCUGCGGGUGGUAGAGGUGUCCUCCCACAGUGCCGUGCUGCAGUGGCGUCCUGUCCUCAGCGCCAACACAGGCUUCUAUGAGGUCCACUAUAAUUCUAUGCUGCCAGGUGGCGGGAAGGGUCAGCCUAGUGGCGGGGCCAGCAGCGGGGUGCAGUACCACAGACGAACCCUCCCUGGGGAUGCCAGCUGGAUAAAGCUGAGUGGUCUGCAACCAGACACCAGCUACACUGCCUCCCUCACCCCAAAGUCCAACCAGGACUACCUCAACACCCUCAGUGCCAACUUCACCACACUACCCGAGGUGUUGAGCCCAGCAGUGGUCACGGUGUCAGACUCAGGUCCUGACAGGGUGCGAGUGAGCUGGGGUCCUCUGCAGCCUGAGCAGGUCCAGAGGUACCAGAUAGAGUAUGGCGCUCUACCCAGUGGACAGGUCCACAUGGUUAUGCUACACGGACAUCAGAAUACCACUCUGCUCACUGGUCUAGAGCAAGAGACACAAUACCUGGUCACCAUCAGUGCCCUGUACUCCACUGGCAAAGAGAAGGCUUUGUCUGUCAAGGCCUGCACUCAGGAGGUGCUGCCUGCCCUGGCUGACCUCCAGCUGACCCCAGUGGGGCGAGAUGAGGUGCAGGUCCGGUGGCGAGGCCACGAAGAGGGUCUGAGGGGGUACUGGCUCAGCUGGGAGAUGGGUGAGACAGAGAUCCCCUCCCGCCCUGCGUCCUCUUCCCUAUACCUGCUCCCUGGCUCCUUGUCCACGCUGCUCACACACCUGGCCCCCAGCAGCCGAGUGUGUGUGUCCCCUGUCUACCGCACGGCCCUGGGAGAGGGGCUCUGCUGCACCACACACACACAAACUGGUCUGACACUACGCACACAGACACACACACACACAGGUCUCCCAGCCUUAUAUUGGACUUGAACGAUUUAUUGAAUCGGCACAUUAUAGUCAUUGUAAUUAUAAGGAAGUAGUCGUCUUCAUAUGUCUAACUGCACUCUUGUGCAACAGGAAAGUAAUAACCCCUUUUUCUCUCUCUCCCUCUCUCUCACUUCGAUAGAGCAGUAUUUUGCGGUUAUCAAUGAGAUUUGCCUGCAGUCAGAGAGCUGAAGUGGAGGAAAUGUUUGAAAUUUGAUGUGCUUCAUUGCCACAUCAAUGCUGUGGUACAAUGGAGUCACAUCUCUAUGUCGCUUCAAACCACUUGAUUAUCCAGUAUUCACACCCCUUGACUUUUUCCACAUUUUGUUGUGUUACAGCCCAAAAUUAAAUGGAUUACAUUUAGAUUUAUUUUGUCACUGGCCUACAUACAAUACCACAUAAUGUUUUUCAACAUUUUUACAACUUAUUUAAAAUGAAAAGCUGAAAUGUCUUGAGUCAAUAAGUACUACAAAGAUACAGACGUCCUUCCCAACCAUUUGCCUGAGAGGAAGGAAACCGCUCAGGGAUUUCACCAUUAGGCCAAUGGUGACUUUAAAACAGUUACAGAGUUUAAGGACUGUGAGGAGACAACUGAGGAUGACUCAACAACAUUGUAGUUACUCCACAAUACUAACCUAAUUGACAGAGUGAAAAGAAGGAUGCCUGUACAGAAUAAAACAUAUUCCAAAACAUGCAUCCUGUUUGCAACAAGGCAUCAAAGUAAUACUGCAAAAGUAAUACUGCAAGCAAUUACAUUUUUGUCUGAAGACAAAGUGUUAUGUUUGCGGCAAAUCUAAUACAACACACUACUGACUACCACGCUCCAUAUUUUCAAGCAUAAUUGUGGUGGCUGCAUCAUUUUAUGGGUAUGCUUGUAAUCGUUAAGGACUGGGGGAUUUUUCAGGAUAAAAAAUAAACGUAAUGGAGCUAAGCACAGGCAAAAUCCUUUGUCAGUCUGCUUUCCACUGGACACUGUGAGAGGAAUUCACCUUUCAGCAGGACAAUAACCUAAAACACAAAUCCAAAUCUACACUGGAGUUGCUUACCAAGAAGACAGUGAAUGUUCCUGAGUGGCUGAGUUACAGUUUUGACAUAAAUCUAUUUAAAAAUCUAUGGCAAGACCUGAAAAUGGUUGCCUAGCAAUGAUUAAGAACCAAUUUGACAAAGCAUGAAAACAUUUGAAAAUAAUAUUUUUGUAUUUCAUUUUCGAAAAUGUCUAAAAAUAUGUUUUCACUUUGUUAUUAUGGGGCAUUGAAGGUACACAAUACAUUUAAGCCAUUUAGAAUUCAAGCUGUAACACAACAACAUGUGUAAUAAGUAGAGGUAUGAAUACUUUCUGAAGGCCAUGUAAGUGGAUUAUGUUGUCAUUUCAUAAGGAAGAGAGGUCCUGGGUCAUCUGGGUCAAGAUAAAGAAGUGUAGCUUCAGCAUAGAGCUGUUGUGAUCCAAAUGGAUGGAUUCCAUUUCUCUGACUCCAAUGAGAAGGAUUGCCACUGAUGGGGGAUAGGUGGAUGAGGAUGAAGAGAAAGAAGGGUGGAUAGAGGGGAACAAAGAAGACAUAGAACCUCCUAACUUUCUUGAAUAACCGUAUCUUCUCUCCCAUCAUCCAUCUGGUCAUAGUGUGGGCAUGCUGUUACACAUAGGCAUUUUAACUAUUUCUGAUAAAAAUAUAACUAUAUUCACUUCAUAAACAAGAUGUAAAAUCAAAAUGUACUUGUAUGCUUUCUCACAUAUUUUUUAUAUUCAGUUUACAGUUUAGCUUCCACAUAAUAGGCUGCAGUCAACAUAUGAACCCAUCAGCCUGGCUCUUGUGAACUUGCUUGUGAAGAUCGCCAUCUAGUGGGACACAUCUUUUACCACAGGCUGUGACAAUCAGGCCUAUGUUCAACUUUUUCAACUCUUUCUCUGCUGCACAGUACACCCCUAAGUGUGAAUAUAAUGCAAAAAACUAAGUCCAUUUUCCAAUUGAACAGCAAUGCAUUGGUCUCAUAUAGAGGGUAGAUAAAUUGCAAUAUCUGAAAACAGGAAAACAUUUCCUCUCACAUCUCAUCUUCUGGGUCGUUCCAUGUCAUUUCAGCAAGCCAUGACACAAACCAUCUCAGAUUGUUCCCGAAAUAGUUUCUGUAGUAAAAAAACAGAUUAGAUAAGCAUUCCAGCAACAAUAUUUUGUUUAAAUAUAAUUUUAUCUCUGAGAAAUUAAACUAAUUGAUUGCAUCCAAAUUGGCCAUUUAAAUGUAUAGGAUUCAUUUAAUAUUUAAUAAAUAUAGUACCUAACAUCCAAAACCUUUUUCUAACAAUGAGUAAAACACGAGGAAUCCAAAUAAAUUGUCAAAAGUCACCCACAGACUCCCCACACCCCACGACAAUCCAGAGAAGGCUGGUGGAAGGAGCCAUAGGAGGACGGACUCAUUGUAAUGGCCGGGAUGGAAUCAAUGGAACGGAGUCCAACCGGUUGUUUCCAUGUGUUUGGUACCAUUUCAUCCAUCCCAUUCCAGCCAUUAUAAUGAUCCCUACCUUCUAUAUCUCCUCCCACCAGCCUCCUCUGCGCCAAUCUCACCUCCAACAACUCUAUGCAGCCUCAAUGUUAAUAAAGGGAUAGUUCACCCAAAUCACAAACUGACGUACUGACGUAUUGGUUUCCUUACCCUGUAAGCAGUUUAUGGACAAGGUAUGACAGCAACCGAUGCUUUGGUUUUGUUUACCGAGCCACUGUUUCUUUUUAGCAUUUGUGGCACAUAUCCAAUGCAAGUCAACGGUACCUAUAUUAGCAUUUUUACACUUCAUAUCCAAAUCAUCUGUAACUAAUAACAGGAACCACAUUUCCAUCCACAAUUUUUAGGCCAGUAAAGUCCUAAAUAUUUAAAAAAAAAAAAAAAAAACAUGACAGCUGUGAUGGAAACAGGAAGUUUCGUUACAAUUGUAUAAAUGCAGACAGAUCAUUAAUUCGUUCGACAUGGUGGGAUCUUUUUGUGUAUGAAAAAUUAAUUAUGCAAGAAAAGGUGGUGCAAAUUACAAAUAUCCAUCAUAUCGAAGUAAACUUAGAGUCACAAAGUGAUAUGGUGUGUGGUCCUCCCUAGGGUUGUGGUGGUCAUGACAUUCUGUCAGUUGUGAUUGUCAAGCGAAUAACUGCCGGUUUCACGGUAAUUGACCGUUAAUUAACAUAAACACAUUUAGCAUCUCCUGGCUUCCACGCAUAACCUACAAGCCACUGAUGCAGACCUUUGGAACAUCUACAUUUUAAAAAGUCUAAUAAAUCCAUGUAGACGGGUCUAAAGAAGUCUAUUUCAGAAUAACAGAAUAGCAUACUCUUGAGUUGUCCUUGUGAUAGGCCCUGAUAUGGCUAUGCCAUAUUAAUUUAGCAGACACGAUUUUCUUAGAAUUCCAUUACAUUAUUUUAUAGUAUGAAGAAACCAAUUGAAUAAAAUAGAAAAUAUAUUUUCUCCAAAGAUUUAAGGGUAAAAUAUUUGGUGGAAAUCGGAUUUGAAGUACUAUAUUUAUUGAAUAUUAUACGAAUCCUAUACAUUUAAAUGGCCAAUUUAGGUGCAAUCAAUUCGAUGAAUUUCUCAGAGAUCAACUAAAUAAUUUUGCAGGAUUGCUAAUCUAAUCUUUUUCUAUCUACAGAAAUGAUUUAAAUACAAUCUGAGAUGGUGGGUGUCGAAAUACUUUCUUGUACUUUUUCAAGUGGAACGACCCUUAUAUUCUAUGUACUCAAUGUUAAUAUCAUAUGAGGUAAUAAAACGAGUGUAAAUUGCU